CUCAAAGUCAAGCUGAAGAGAAAUGCAGAAAGACUGAGGGAAACAAGGAGGAGAGUUUGAUGCCAGCAUGAGUCGGUAACACAACAGUUCAGCGAUGGAAGUCAUCUAUAGAUACACAUAAGGAGGCAUAUACGUGGACUGAUUAUCGAUUAGUGAUCGGAUGUCAGCCGCGAGAGUAAGAGAAGAAAGAAGAAAAGGAGGAGAAACAUGAACCGACAGCACCAGUCUCAGGGAGUGGUUUUAACGGGUUACCACAGCAACACGGAACUGUUGCCGCAAACGGAACUUUGCGCGUCCAGCUGUCCGCCUGUCCCGAACCAAGAUCCCGCCGCUCCCAGCCGCAGAACAGGUCAUUACACUGUUCAACAAAACCUGAACACACAACAUGGAGAUAAAUAUGGACCUUCCUCGGUCACCAGUAAUGCAAAAACAAACGGCAGUGAUCAAUCUUCGCUCUCAAAUCCAAGCUCCGCCACUUUCCCCAGGUCCCAGCCUUCCUCCAGCCCCAAGCUAGAUUCCAGUCCCAAUACUAGGUCCAAACCACGCCCGUCAUGUCAGCGCAGCAGCUCUCAGGAUUCCUUGGAUGAGCUGGAGAUGGAUGACUACUGGAAGGAGGUGGAAAAUAUCACCAGCUCGGGAGGAGCAGGGAGAGGAGAAGGAGAAGCUCAAGAAGAGGAGCACCAGAAAAUUCAUGAAGAAGGCGAACAGGAGGAGGCAUGGCUAACGGAGGCGGGGCUAGUACGGCUGUUUGACGACUCAUUGGCUGCUGAUGAGCAGGAGCAGGAAGAGGACAGCGCAGUGUUCCUGUCCACCCUCACCAGAACACAGGCUGCGGCUGUAGAGCGUCGCGUCACAUCAUUCCAGCAAACGUUGCGGCGACGCAACCGGCAACACCUUCCUGACGUUCGGGACAUAUUUGGACCUCCUGAGAAGGAUGAAGGGCCUCACAAACUCAAAGGGGGAACUGAGAGUAGACAAAAAGAUGCAUCAACAGGCGAAAUGGACACAGAACUGAACGUUGAAGUGGCGUUUUCAGAGCAGGCACUCUCUUACUGGGACAACCAUCAAAGAUUAAAGGUCACCACCAGCCUCAAUUCACCUGACGACAAACUCCCUAACUUCAAGCUGCUUCGAGAUAAAACAGGUCAGACCAAAAUAGGAGAUUUGUCACCUUUGGAUAUGAAAAAGGUGCGUAGAUUGGUGCUUGUGGAGAUGACCGCUCUGUUUGACACCGCCGGUGUCGACCUCAAGGCGCAUAAAGCUGUCAAAGUAAAGACUAAAGAAAGUGGCCUGUUUGGAGUUCCUCUUCCCACAUUAUUGGAUCAAGACCAGAGACGGGAUCCUGGGGCCAAAGUGCCAUUCAUACUGCAAAGGCUCGUUAGUCAUAUCGAGGAGGAAGGAUUAGAUACCGAGGGGUUGCUACGGAUCCCUGGAGCAGCCACAAGAGUCAAGUCACUGUGUCAGGAGCUAGAGACCUCUUUCUAUGGUGGUACAUUUCCAUGGGAACAGCUGAAGCAGCAUGAUGCCGCCAGCCUUUUGAAGCUGUUUAUCAGGGAGCUGCCUCAUCCACUGCUGACUGUGGAGUACCUCAAUGCAUUUAUUGCAGUCAACAAGCUCCCCACAAAGAAGCAGCAGCUACAAGCUUUGAACCUGUUGGUCCUUUUGUUGCCUGAGGCCAAUCGGGAUACUUUGAAGGCAUUGGUGGAGUUUUUCCAGCGUGUGAUUGACCAUCAGGACAAAAAUAAGAUGACUCUGAACAACGUCUCUGUUGUCAUGGCACCCAACAUCUUCGUGUUCAAAGGUUUUCGGUUCAAGGUUACGGAGCAACAGGAGUUCUCCAUGGCAACCAGUACAGCCAGCAUCGUCCGGCUACUGAUAAGAUAUCAGAAACUCCUGUGGACGAUCCCAAAGUUCAUUUUGACCCAGGUCAGACAACAAAACAUGGAGAGUCAGCGGAAACAAAAUAAAGAGAGAGCUGUACGGAAGCUGCUGAAGAAGAUUACCACUGACAAACCGACUGAUAAACCUAUCUCUGAGGAGAAUUCUCAUGGAUUUAUUCGUGUCCAAGCGCCACAGUUCAGUAAAGUUUCCAUGGCAGUUCAGCUUACUGAGGAGCUGCAAGCUACUGAUGUAUUAACACGCUUCCUCACCCAAGACAGUUCAGUGACACUGAAGAAGGAGGAUUUGUGUCUUUAUGAGAUUGGUGGAAACAUUAAGGAGCGGUGUUUAGAUGAGGAGACAUACAUGAAGGACCUCGUCCAGCUCAACCCUACAGCAGAGUGGGUGAUCAGAGCCAUUCAGCAUUAAUCAGCCACCACCACCUGCUGGAACUUACAUGGCUGUAAAUUUCCAUCACUGCGUCCUGCUGAGACAACACAUUAGCUGGUUCUCUGUGGUCUCUGCUGGAUCUGGAUGCAUUUUGAACUGUUUCGUGUGUGGCACGCAUAUGAAAUCCUGAAAUCUAUCAGAAAUAAGAAGCUAUAAAAACGUACUGAAAUAUGAGACAAGAUAUUUCUGUUUAGUGUGUUGCAUCACCAAAAUAAGAUGAGGUUAUAAGCAGAAUUAGAGGUUUUGUGCAAAAAAGCAACCUAAUAUAAACUUUGUGUACUUUGCCCCAAUCUGCCCUCAGCUGCUUAAUUUAAGAGUUUUAAGCAUCAACCAUUUACCUAAAGAAUAGUACAGUAAAAUUGUUCAGGUGAAAGAAAACCACUUUUUUAAGACUUUUUUUUUUCUUUUACAUCUGUGCACUGGUAGAAAACUCUUUGUUUUAGUACUGUGAUUUAUUGCAUCUAACCACUUUAAUGUAUCUGCAAUUAGAUGGAAGUAUGUGUUGGCUAAUAAAAUAUGAUGAAUAUUAAAUAAAAAAAAUCAUUUAAAUAUAAAUCUAUUUAUAUAUAUUUUAAAACCUAUAAAAGACCUAUAAAUUAAAUUUAUGCCCCCAUUACUAAAUCUUGUUAUAUCCAAGCACUUUUCCAGGAAGCUUCGGAAGAAAUGUACAUUAUUAAUAAUAAGAGCAAUUAUUAAAGAAACAAUGAAAAUAGUUCUUCUGGGUUUUUGUGAUCACACUGUUGCUGACUAGCUCAGGGCAAGUGAUGAUGAUGUGAGUGUUUUUAGGGUAUGGUCAUAAUCUAUACAUAAGAUAAUAAUUAAAUAAUUAAACAAUGGAUGUUUGAGUGUGAUAAUACAGAUGUUAACUAACAAUACAUUUUUUAAUAAAACAAAUGCAGUGGUAGCAUGUGCACAGGUUUACCUUGAACAAAUCAAGUACCAAAGAUUCGUUGGACUCUAAAGUAUGUUAAAGAAAUACACUUAUAAAUAACUAAAGAAAUUGCUUUAAGAAAUUAUACAUUUGCACAUAACAGGUUUUAAAUCCUAAGUCAUUAGUUUGUUUUUUUCUGACUCAGAAACUGGACAUCUGCUGAUGGUAUAAUGGCAACCAGGAGCAUAAAAUUUCCAUUUUACCCUUUUUUGGCACCUAUCUGUACUUUCAACAACAGCCCAAUCAGAUUCUUUGUGGUUUCUCACAGCCUCAACAGCCUGUCUGAGAUGGUAUUUGCACUUCACUUAUUUUCAUUCUGUUGAACAGCUCUGAGGUGUUAACACCAACAAAAUGUUGAAUUAUUUUUUAAUAUUCAAAUUAUUUUUAACAGACACCAUCUAUUUCUGGCCUGUCUUGUUUUAAUGUUCUUUACUGUGAUUUUUGCAGAUAAUGAUGUCUUUAUGUAGCUGCCUGUUAAAUGACCACUGAAACUGUCUGUAAAUAAACAUGCGGUUGUUAAUUACCA